GAUCUUCCCGAACAAGAAAAUUAUUUUUUGCUCAUUGCUCGUUUGUGCUCGCGUGUACAAAGUCGUGAAUUUGUAUUGCUCCCAAAGGAUCACUCCAAGGGAUUUGCUGCUAAAUCAGUCAAACGAAAAAUUAAAACAGUGGAAGCGAUAACUUUGACGACGUCGGUAGAAAAUACCCCGAAACGUAAUGGAAAAUUUUGGAAGAAACUACUUCGGUCAGUGUGUUGAUGUUCCAGCUGAAAAGAUCCAACGCAGACAGAGCGAGGAAAAACUGGGUUUCUUUUUGAGCUCAAAACAGGAGCUCCAGGGAGAUGAUGGUCAGCAGCAGCAGCGUUGCGAUAAACCGAUAACGACGAUCUUUUUCGAUAUGGACAAUACUCUGAUUCCGACGCGGAAAGGUGAUGCAAAAGCUAGCAGCAAGGUGGCCGAUUAUCUGUUUAGCGAGCACGGCCUGCCACGGGACCAUGCCGGUGAAAUAUGCACGACCUACCUGACGGCGUUCCGUCGCUGCCCGGACAACCCGGACAUGCCGCUGGCCCAGUGGCGCACCCAACUGUGGAUGGAUGUUCUUCCCACCGGUUACAAACAUCUGGCACAGGAGCUGUACGCACGAUGGCUGGAGUAUCGCACCCGUUAUCUCACCCCCGGCGCGGAAGUUAUCAGCAUGCUCAAAUCCCUUCGUCGGCACUAUCUGCUGGGAAUCAUCUCGAAUGGGCCUUCGGCGGCCCAGUGGGAGAAGAUCGACAGGUUGUCUCUGAAUCGUUAUUUCGAUUGUAUUCUCGUUUCCGCAGAUCUGCCGUGGGCCAAACCGGAGCGGAACAUUUUCUACGCCGCCUGCCAUUAUCUGGGAGUGCGGCCGGAUGAAUGUGCCAUGAUCGGUGACAAGCUGGAAACUGACGUUCAGGGUGGUAUCGAGUCGAAAAUGGGCGCUACAAUCUGGCUACCGCUACCAAAGGAUCUACAGCUGGGACACGACAAAACUCUGGCCGAUCUAGAUGACCACAUUCGACCGGAUUUCGUAGUGGAAAGUUUGCUGGAUUUACCUUCUGUGCUCCCACCGGUACCGCCGGCAGUUCUGCGCAGACGUACACCACAUCUACAGCAAAAGCGUCCAUUGGACGAAAGAAGAGGCUCCGGAUCGUUUGUACAAAAGACAACUCGCAACCGUGACGCUAGCUACAAUCGUUUCCUGCCAGAUGUUCCGGAUCUUUUCAGCUCUAGCAGUAACUCGUGCGACAGCAACGGUAGCAUGGACAGUAAUUAGGCUGUGUAGAGUAGGGCUAAAGUAUAGAGAAGUAGUAGCAAAGCUCUCUUUAGAUGAGGAUGUCGACGUUUGUUUGUAGGAUUGAAUUGUUAGGGCACACUGGGAUGAUUCGAAAUGAUGAAUUCUGGCUAAAAGUUUGUAGAACAGAAGCCGUCGAAUUGAUGAUAACCAUGGGUCCAACUGUUCAAUCACAGUUUCUAAUUUAGUCGCAUCUUAGCGGUGUAAUUCGUAGGCAUAGAUAUCAACAGCUUGCCUCUAGACUUAGGGAAAAAAAAAGUUAGAAAAAUAGUCGGCACCGGAACAACAACAUAAACAACAUCAUUACAACUAAACUAAGACGGACUUCCCUUCUCGAAUUGAGUAUCGAAGUACCUGAGAUUAUGUGGUAAACUAUGCAGUGAGAGAAUACUAUACUGUACUUAUUUUGUACACUUUUGCAAAACCAUCUUCCAACCUUACAUAAGAACAGAUUCUGGCUGGCCAGAAACGUAUUUUGCUCGUACACAAAACAUUGAUGUAAUUUGAAUAAAAUCGAACAAAAAAAGGAAUUAUAGCUACAGGUAGAAAUUCACUACACAAAAGCGGACGAAAUACAACACUGGAAACACAACACGCUGCAGUUAGAAGCUUUCACCAAA